GAGAGCUGCACAGCUACCAAAGCAAUUUCUUGAUUCUUUAUAUGGUAGUUAAGUCUCUAGACGGAAGGUAACAUGUUAUAACAAUGACUAUAAGACUCAAUUAAAUGAAUUUAAAGCACGUGUCAGGUGAAAAUUUUAUGAGCGAUUGAGCGAUGAUGGCCGAUUAAAAAGCAAAAAAAUAAAAGCAGAAAAACAAAAAAAUCGUUUUUCCUUCUUUUUUCUUCGUUUACUUCGUUCAAUAAUAACAACUGCUAACUUACUUACUGAUCAUUUCAUAACCAUAUUAAAGACUUAAGCUGCAAACUUGCCAAGACAUUGUCAUUGAAUGCGUACAAGCAUACAAUGGGCACACGUGUACCGCCACCUUGUCCGACGCCCCUAAUAUGUGAUGGUCAAGUGAUGGCCGGUCUAACACAACUCAUUGAUGAUUUGCAGAGAUUGUCUGAAGAUCAGGAUAGUGCUGAUGUUGUCUUCAUAUGCGGCCGCGAAGAGGAACGCAUUUAUGGCCAUCGCAUUAUGUUAAUGGCACGGUGUAAGAGUUUUAAAACAGCCAAACGUGGCGAAUUAUGCCGUAUACCCGGUUGCACUGUGUCACCGGCUGCACCAGGCACGCCGACACCAGUGCGUCUCCCUCACGUACAUCCCGAAGUAUUUCGCCAAUUCAUUUUAUAUGUGUAUACAGCCAAGAUUUUGUUACAAGAUUCGCGAGUUUUUGAAAUGAUGACCUUAGCCCAGGAUAUGGGCUGUUGCGAGUUGCGUGCCGCAUGCGAGGAUCAUGUCAUUGCGACACUCUCAGUAGACAACGCUUGUACUUUUCUUACAGCCGUCAUGGAAAUAAAAGAAAAGGGAGGUAAUAAUUUAAAAUUUACUCGAUUUUUUUUUUUUUUUUUUUUUUUUUUUUGUUAAAGCUUUAAUUCGUUUAUCGUUACAUUAUUGGCCAAAUAUAUCUUAAACGGAAAAGUAUUUAUAGAUAUAAGAGCUUUUCAUCAAAAGAAAGCUUUAUUUGGCCUCAAUGCGAUAAUUUCAAUUCGACAAUUUCAAACUUUUAUCUACAUUGCUUUAUGUCUUCGAUGAAAAAUUUCGAAUCGAAUUAUUCAAUAAUAUAUUGCAUCAGGAAUUAUAAUACACUUGUUUGUAAUGAACUUAUUACCGGGUGGUUAAUUACUUAUACGAGACAACUCAUCUAUUGAAUCGCGCUCUUG